AGCACACUGUAGAUGACCCUUUAAUUUCUGCUUGCUUCGUUUACACACUUACAAACUUAGAUUAACAUAUCCUCCCAGCACUUCCCACCAGCACCCCCCAGUGAACAUGGCCGUGAGCCUUCUGGAUUUGGAGAAGGCUUACAGUCCGUUACCUGAGGUAUAGUGCUGUGAGAAAGUAUUUGCCCCUUCCUGAUUUCCUCUAUUAUUGCAUAUUUGUCACACUGAAUGAUUUCAGAUCUUUAGACCAAAUGCAGGACCUGGAGUUGAGUAGUGCAGGACUGCAGUGUUGGUCUGUAGCUGGAGCAGGACUGCAGUGUUGGUCUGUAGCUGGUGCAGGACUGCAGUGUUGGUCUGUAGCUGGAGCAGGACUGCAGUGUCUGUCUGUAGCUGGUGCAGGACUGCAGUGUUGGUCUGUAGCUGGAGCAGGACUGCAGUGUCGGUCUGUAGCUGGAGCAGGACUGCAGUGUCGGUCUGUAGCUGGUCCAGCAGUAGUCUUAGUGUGUGCUCUUUCUCUCUGCAGAGAUGUUCCAGCUUCUGGGUCCAGCUGGUCCUGUCAUUGCUGUAGUUGGUGAAGAUGUUGUUCUGCCCACUCACCUCAAACCCAACAUAAGUGCAGAGGAUAUGCGCAUAGAGUGGUUCAGACCGCAGCACAGAGACCCACUGGUGCAUCUCUACCGUCUGGGAGAGAGCAUGAAUGAGUCCCAGAACCCAUCGUACAGCGGAAGGACCGCACUCUUCCCUGAGGAACUGAGGAAGGGCAAUACGUCUCUGAGGCUGGGCAGGGUCCAGGUCUCUGAUGAGGGGCAGUACUCAUGUUACAUUCAGUCCAAGUCUGACAAUAAUUACCGCAUCAUGGUUUCACUGGAAGUAAGAGCUGUAGGAACUGAGCCAGUGAUCUUCAGGGAAGCAGAUGAAGAAGUGGAGGUUGGCCUGCUGUGUGAAUCUAAAGGCUGGUAUCCUCAGCCUGACCUCAUCUGGCAGGACAGUGAGGGUCACAAUCUCACCACUGAGAAACCCGAGAUACUCAGGGACAGCCUGGGCCUCAUUGCCAUAAGAACACGUGUCGUCAUCAAGAGAGAAGGCAGCAGCAGAUUCACCUGUCGAGUUCUGCAGCAGAAGCUCAAUGAGGAAAAGGUGACAGAGUUUUACCUCCAUGAUGAGUGUCAAAGCCGUCCAUGGAGAGCUGCCUUUGCUGUCACUAUGACUGUACUUAUUCUCUUGGGCAUCGUCCAGUGUGUGUUCAUCCAUCGUUGGAAGAAAAGGGAAAUGAAAAGUUGAUCUUUAACAUAAAUAAUAUGAAGCCUUCAGCAUCCCUGAUGGAGUCUGAACACUGAAGUGUUGAAAAUGAACCAUAAACCUGACUCCUGACCCUAAACCUAACCCUAACCUGAUCCUGACUGUUACCCAGUGGUCUUUAAACAGUUUCAAAUGAAAGGUCAAUGGUGGUUGUAGCCACGAUAAGAUUCAUGCAGAUGUUGGGCCCUUGAGCAAUUUCUUAUAGGCCAUGUAAGGCUUUGGGUAAGUUAAGUUGUUUAUUCCUGUUUUCACAAUUGUGUAUACUUGUUCUGUUGUUGCUAGCAUUGUGUUUGCUAAGACAGAUCUAUUGCUACUUUAAUUUAUUUUUCUCAUUGGAUUAAUAUAAGCUUCCUGUUCAUUCCUUGCACCUGGAACUGUACCUUCCUCUAGUGCACUUGUCCCUGGUUAUGGUUAUGCACUUUGAAUGCUGGUUAUUCAGUUUGAAUGCUGGUUAUGCAGUUUGAAUGCUGCUUAUGUAUUUUUUGUGCCAAGCUGUUCCCAGAGGGAAAACAGUGUCUGUCAUUAUAAUUGUUAUUUUUCUGCUAUGACAGUUAUUUGUGUUUAUAUUUUGAGUUAUUUUUGAGCCUGUGCUUGUAGCAUUGUGUCUCCAGUAUGUCUGAUGUUUUAUAAUCAGGCCCUGUGUCUCCAGUAUGUCUGAUGUUUUAUAAUACAGGCCCUGUGUCUCCAGGGUGUCUGAUGUUUUAUAAUACAGGCCCUGUGUCUCCAGUGUGUCUGAUGUUUUAUAAUACAGGCCCUGUGUCUCCAGUGUGUCUGAUGUUUUAUAAUACAGGCCCUGUGUCUCCAGUGUGUCUGAUGUUUUAUAAUACAGGCCCUGUGUCUCCAGUGUGUCUGAUGUUUUAUAAUACAGGCCCUGUGUCUCCAGUAUGUCUGAUGUUUUAUAAUACAGGCCCUGUGUCUCCAGUGUGUCUGAUGUUUUAUAAUACAGGCCCUGUGUCUCCAGUAUGUCCGAUGUUUUAUAAUACAGGCCCUGUGUCUCCAGUA